AUGUCUCACAACGUCGAGAAGAUCACCAAGGCCGACGACUUCCGUGCUAAGGUUUUCAGCUCCUCCGAGCCCGUCAUCGUCGACUGCUCCGCUACCUGGUGCGGCCCUUGCAAGGCCAUCUCCCCCGUCUUCCAGCGUCUCAGCAACCAGCCCGACUUCCAGAACGCCAAGUUCUACGAGAUUGACGUCGAUGAGCUCUCCGAUAUCGCCGCUGAGCUUGGUGUCCGUGCCAUGCCCACCUUCAUGUUCUUCAAGGACGGCCAGAAGGUGAACGAGGUUGUCGGUGCCAAUCCCCCUGCUCUUGAGAACGCCAUCAAGGCGCAUGUCGCUUAA